CAACCUGUGAACAGUUGUGGCUUGCAGUUUGCAAGGCAGGAGGUUUUUCAAUGGAAAUCCUGCAAGAAGAGGGUGAGUUCAAGGAAGAGAAAGGAAGCCUUGAAGAAGGGAAAACCCAUUGCUGGUGGGGAAAAGGAAGGAACUGGGCUGCAGAUCGAGUGCUCAGCUGCAAAGGAGGAGAGAGUGCCUUCCUUUUAGUUGUAUAUGGAGGAAGGGAAUUUUGGAUAUCCUGGAUCCUGAUUGGCUGGGAGUGGAAUAUAACCCUUCAUCAGGUCACAAUUCAGUCCUGCAUUGUAAUUAUGGCUGCCUGUUUGCAGUCUGACCUCAGCUGUUGCCUGCAGAGAAUAUAUCUGCCCAUUGUCCGGGAUCCUCAUGGAAGCAUCAGACUACUGGGAGAUCAGACUACUGGGUACUUGUUAGGGUCUCACCCAGAGGCAGAACCAAAGGAUGAAGAUGAAGAGGGGGCACAGACUGGUCAUCCCAGAAAUCCGACCCAUGUUGCUCCAUGUCCUGGGGGACCCAUGUUGCACCAUGUUCUGGGGGACCCUCUGGGGGAAGAGCCCAAUGAGGCAACCUUGGUGCCAGGACCCCUUCCAGGACUUCAUGUCCCCACUGACAUUCUGGGAAAAGAGCUCAAUGAGGAAACCUCAAUGCUAGGAUCCCUUCCAGAACCUCGCGUCCCCACUGAUAUUCUGGAGCAAGAGCUCAAUGAGGAAAUGUCGGUGCCAAGAUCCCUUCCAGAACCUUGCAUCACCAAUGACAUUCUGGGGAGAGAGCUCAAUGAAGCAACCUUGGUGCCAGGACUCCUUCCAGGAACUCGCAUUUCCACUGAUACUCUGGAGGAAAUGCUCAGUGAGGAAACCUCGAUGCCAGGAUCUUUUCCAGGACCUCGCAUCCACACUGAUGUUCUGGAGGGAAAACUCAAUGAGGCAACUUCAAUGCCAGGAUCCCUUCCAGCUUCUCAUGAUGUUCCUGAAGGCCCUGCUGCAGGUCUCCACCCCCCUGGGUCCGGUUCAUCAUUAUCUUCUGCCUUGCUGGAAGUUGGCUCCAUCCCACCCUCCGCCUCCACCUCUUCUUUUCUCCUGCAUCCCUCUUCCCCUCCUCCUCCUUCCCCACAUCCUCUAGAGCUGGAACUCAAGGAUGUAAAAGAAACUCUCCAGAGUUUGAUGAAUUUGCAGUUCCAUCAGCUGAAUGACCGCCAAAGACACCUCCUUAUCUGCCAGGAAUUUUUGCAAAACAUCAAGGCACUGAGGGGAGAUCUCCGAAGACUGCAGAGCAGACUGGAAAGUGUGGAAGCCACUAUUGAGAUCCUGGUUCCUCCAAAGGAACUGGAUGUUGAGGAGGAAAAAGAGAAAGACCAAAACCAGACAGUGCUUCAUACAUAGGUAGCAAUAAAAUGUUGCAUAUUUAAUUUAAAAAUAUUAAACAUUUGUUUGGAUAGGAUAGGAUGUAGAGAUAAAACAGCAAUAGAGCAUGCAUAUUUACUGCUUAAAAAUAAAAAGUUGAU